AUGUUAAGAAAAAAUAUAUUUAAUGGUAAUGAUGCAGAUGACUCAGAUUCAGAUUCUAGUAAUGAGUUAAAUCAACAUUAUAGAAUAAAACCAUCAUUAAAAAGAAGUUCAACAGCUUCACCAGGAUGUAGAAAUAGGCAAAAGUAUUAUUAUCGAAGACGAAGUGACGUACCUAACGUCUCAAAUUCAUAUAAUUAUUUAACGGGAAAGAAAAAUUUAGGUAGAAAAAGUUCAAUUGAACGAAGUAAUAGAAGUUUACAUAAAAAUAAAUGUAAUUUACGUAAAACUAACAGUGAACCAAGUGUAGAACAAGUAGAAAAUAAUCAAAUUAAUUUAAUUAAAAAUUUACUUGACUCAUUGUCAAUUCCAAUAGUUCGCCAUCAAUCAACAAGUGCUCAUGAUAUUUGGAUGACACCAAGGCAAUCAUUAGUACCAGAUGAUUUCAUGUCAGUAACAGAAGAUGAAUAUAUUAAUACAGAAAUUAAAGAGUUACGUGAAGCAGCUGAAUCAAUACAAUAUUUACAACGAUCUCUAAAAAUACCACUCUCUAGAACUUCAGAUAUUCCAUUAGAAAAUCAAGAAACAUUUGAUGAUAAUAUUUCUGUUGAUUCAUCAAAAAAAUUUUACAAAGAUAAUUCUUUAAAUUUACCCACAUCAACAACAUCUAUAACAACAACACAUUAUGGUUUACAUCCACGUGGUGUAAUGCAAUAUCUUCCAUCAGUAAAAACGAAUAAUUUAUCACCGAGAAUGGAUACAUAUAGAUUUAAUCGUAGUGGAGCAAAAUUUUCUAUAGAUUCAUCAUCUACAGAUACCUCAUCAAAUAAUGGAACAUCAUCUAGAACUAAUUCAAAUAAUAAAAUAUCAUUAGAUUCAAGAAAUCAAUCAAUUGUUAGUGAUGGAUUUAUUAAAUUUGAAAAUGAUUCAGCCUCAUAUAAUUAUGCUCCAAGAGAAUUAACAGAAAAUAAUAAUUCUUCAAUUAGUCUACCAACAUUUAAAAAUAAUGAUGAAACAUUUUUUAAUCCAUCAAAUAUUAAAAUAUUUAGAACUAAUGAAGAAGGUGAAAUGUUUCAAUCAGCACAUACUGAAUGUGGUGAAUUAUAUGAUAGUGAUAAAGGUGCUAAUAGUAUUGCAAGUGUCAGUAGAUUUUCAGAUUUAUUAAAAAGUUUUAAAAAUAAAGAUUUACUUAAAGAUGGAACAUUAGAUGAUGAUAUUAAUGAAGAUUGGGAUAAUUCAUCAAUGAAAUUUAAUAGUAAUUCUUCAUAUGAUAUAACAUCACUUUUACCACCAUUAAAUAAAAUAUCAAUGUAUGGUUCACAAACAUUACAUCCAAAUUUAUUACAAUUACCAACAAUAAGUACUUCACACUCAACACCAAAAUUAGAUCAAACAUUAUUACAGGCUGAUAAAAUUUUAUGGAAAAAAAGGAGUAGAGCAUCACUAAGAAGACACCAAGAUGUUAGAAUGUUAGCUAUACGAGAAUUAUUUGAAACUGAAAAAUCAUAUGUUGAAUCAUUAGAUUAUAUUAUUCAAAAAUUUAUGAGACCCCUCAAACAACCAUUAGAAGGAACAGUAAUAGAUAAUGAAACUAUUGAUAAAAUUUUUUAUAAAAUUCCAGAAAUUCUUGCACAUCACCAAGUAUUAUUAGCUGCUUUAUAUUCAAGAAUAAAAUGUGCUUCUAAUGGUGAUUAUAUAAUUGCUGAUGUCUUGAUGGCACAUUUUAAAAAAGUUUCAAUGAUUGAGACAUACAUAGCAUUUGUUGAUAAUUUCAAAGCAGCUAAACAGGCAAUUCAUGAUGCCCGUCAAAAACCAAGUUUUGACAAAUUUUAUAGAAAUUUUUGUAAAAAAAAUCAUUCAAAAUUAGAUUUAGAUUCGAUAUUAAUACUUCCAAUACAAAAAAUACCACGUUAUGAAUUAUUACUAAAACAAAUAAUAAAACAUACAUCUGUGGAACAUUUUGAGUAUGAAAAAUUAAUGUUAGUAAAACAUUAUGUUCAUGAAUUGGCAUUAAAAAUUAAUAAACAAAAAGAAGAAAAUGAUUAUGAUACUCAAAAUUUACUUCGUUAUGACUUAGUUGCACUAUCAACACCAAAUAGUGAUAUAAAAAAGGGAAGAUGUAUCUUUAUGAUGUCUGAUCAAAUGAUAAUAGCAUCUUUUAAAAGUAAAACUAAUAAUAAUUGUUGUGUACAACAGUAUGGUAAAAAUAUGAAAAAAUUUUUUAAUACUCAACAUUCAAAUUUUUUGAAUGACAAUAAAUUUAAAUUAUUAAUGAAAAUAUCAUUAAAUGAUGUUGAUGUUUGUAAGGAUACAUUAACAUUAGUAAAUGAUGUCAAAAAAGAAUUAAAAAUUGUUCAGGAAGAUUGUAGUAUUCUUAAUAAAAUGAUAGAUUUAAGUAAAUUAUUAGAAUGUCAUAGUAGAAAAGAAUUAUCAUUAUUAAUAGAAGAAUGUUAUUUAGAUAAACUUAAACAACAAAAAAAUUUAGAAGAAAGAAUGCAAAUAGAUAAAGAUUUAAUUUCUGUUGAUUUACAAAUAUUAACUUUUAAUGGUAUUGAAAAAUUAAAUAUUCAAUUUGGAAAUGCUGAUAAAAGAGCAGCAUGGGAAAAAAAUUUAAUAGAAUCAAAGAAGGCAUUAUUAAAUGAUGUAAAUGUUAAUUUAGAACCUCCAGAAUUUGUGACACUUCUACCAUUAAAAUUAAGAAAUGGACUUGAUUUAAGUGUAGGAACACCAACAUUUGAAAUAUCUAUAGAAGGUGCAAGUAAUUUAUGGAUAGCUUCAACUGAUAAAUUUAGUGGACAAAUAACAACAAUAAAUAUUAAUGGUGAACCAACAAUAGAAUCAAGUGCUUUUAUAGGUAACUCUACAAUUGUAUCUAUUAUUGCUGUUCCUGCACCAAAACUUAGAAGUAAUAAAAAAAAUAGAAGAAUUAGUUUAAGUCAUAGUUUUGAAAAUCCAACAACAACUUCAAAUGAUAGAUCAGAAUUAUUAAUGGAUAGUAGUAGUAGUGAGAGUGAAUUAUAUGAUUCUGAACCAACAUCAAUGAGUAUCGUUGCCCAACAAAGUACCAUAUGGAUAGGAAAUGAAGAUGGAGAGAUAUUUGUUUUUAAUUAUAAUGAUAAUAUUAAAAAUAAGUCCAAAGAAAAAAUUAUAAAAUUACAAAUACCAAUAGUUACAAUGGUUUAUGUUGAGGAUAAUAUUUUUGUAUCAUGUUCCUCCAAAUAUCAAAAUCAAUUUAUUUUUUUUGAAAGAAAAAGAGAUAUGACAUGGGAUUUACAGAAACGUAAUAUUUUAAAAGAUAUUUGUAGUAGUAGAAUUGAUUGUAUGAUAGCUGUUGCCAAAAGACUAUGUUUCACAUCAGAAAAUUAUAUUUAUCUUCUUUUAAAUGGAAAUGUUAAGAAGGUUGAAAAAAAGACUAGAAUUGGUUGUAAUUCAGAUGAGACUGUAUCAUGUAUGUCAAUACAAGGAUCAAACUUAUUUUUAGGAAUGACAAAAUCACCAAAUGUCAAACUUUUAAAUGCUUUUACAUUUGAAUUAAUAACAGAAUUUAGUAUAUCACCUGUUGUUAAUAAAACAUUAAGUGUUGUUGAAAAUAUUAUUAGACAACAUAAAAUGGGUUGUUUAAAGAUUACUGCAAUGACCUGUGCUAAAGGUCAACUUUUUAUAGGAACAAGUGCUGGUAUAAUCUUAUCAACAAAUGUAAAUUUUUCAAAAAAUAAUUUUAUUCCCAAUUUUAAUGUUUGUAAUAUUGGUCAUUCUGGAAAUUGUAAUUUUUUGAUAUGUAUCAAUACAUCAACAUUUGAUUUAUUAAAAUUUCCAACAAAAUCUCGUAGAUUGUCAUUGAAUGCUUCAUUACUUGAACAGAUGGAAGAUAUUUAUUUAGUUAGUGGUGGUAAAGGUGUUGAUUCUACAUAUUGUAACUCCAAUAUAACGGGGAACCCAAAUGAUAUUAUUAUAAAAUUAUAUAAUUUUACGAACGGAAAUAGAUCAUCUCAAUUAAUUAAUAAUGUUGAAGAUCUUGACGGUAUAAAUCAUUUAUUAUUUUGGAAAAUUUAA